CACGGACGUCAAGGUCUACAAAUAGCCCACCUGUUGGAUAGAUUCAAACUUCGUUCGCAUUCUCUUGCAUCAGAUCACCAUGAAGCAGGACAAGGAAUUUGGCGAGACCAAGCACGACGAGCAGACGUUGAGACAUUCUCACGAUGAGGACAUCUCAGAGUUUAUACGCCCUGAGCCCAAGUACGUUCAUUAUAUACCUGGAGGUUAUCAUCCAUCGAGAUGUCUCAAGCUGUCUGGUCGACCCAUGAUGUACGCCAUCUUGCUCCUCGCAGGCAUCUCUAUCAUGUUCUUUGGGUACGACGCCUCAGUCAUGAGUCAAGUCAACACGAACAAGGAUUAUCUCCGUUUGAUGGGCGCUGCCGGUGGUUCUGACAGAGACUCUGCUGCCGUUGGCGGUAUCGUCUCAGUUUGGUAUGCCGGCUUCGCCAUUGGUGCCCUCCUUGUCGGAGCAUAUGCAGACAAGGUCGGUCGACUCAAGACGAUACAGAUUGGAUGCGUGUGGGCUGCGAUAGGAGGAGCGUUGCAAGCCUCAGCUCAAAACAUCACAUGGAUGAUGUUCGCAAGAGUCAUCGGUGGCAUCGGAUGUGGCCAUCUUAACACGGUGGUCCCCAUUUGGACAUCCGAGCUGGCCGAUCCGCACCUCCGAGGCGCGUUCGUCGCGGUGGAAUUUACGCUUGCCAUCCUUGGAUCCACCUUGGCAUAUUGGAUCGAAUAUGCUUGUACUCGGACUCGCACAGAGGCAUUCUCUUGGCGAUUUCCGCUGGCUUUUCAGAUCGUCUACCUCGUGAUCAUUCUCACCGUGUCCUCGUUCUAUCCCGAGUCACCACGAUUCUUGGCCAAGACUGGACGACUGGAUGAAGCGCGAGACCUCUUGACUCGUUGUCGGAUCGACCCGGACCCUAUCAAGAUUGAACAGGAGAUGCAAGGGAUCAAGUCGACCAUCAGAGCCGAAGCGACCGGCACGGCGCACAGCUACUUCUCCAUGCUCUUCAAACGAGACAAGUUUCACACUCGACGACGUAUCAUCCUUGGUGGAGGUAUCCAAGUGUUGCAAAAGCUUACCGGUAUAGACUUUAUCGCUGCGUACUCGCCUGAAAUGUUUGCACUGUCAGGAUACUCGGCCAAUAAGUCGACAUUACUGGCUGGAGGCAACUUUUUCAGUUACACCGCUUCCCUCGCCCUUGCCAUCUAUCUCUCGGAUAGAGUGGGUCGUCGAAAACUCAUGUUGUCGGGCUCGACCAUGAUGGGAGUGGUCCUCAUUAUUGGUGGCGUGUUGGCCUCAUUGAUUCAGAAGGACCAUGCGCCGGACAAGAUUCCACAAUACGGAGCUGGCGUCGCAGCCAUCCUCUACCUCUAUACUGCGAUUUACGGAAGUACAUGGUUGACGACGUGCUGGGUGUACCCUACGGAAGUGUUCCCGCUCGCCACGCGUGCCAAGGGGACUGCCCUAGCGACCGUGGCGUUCUCCCUGGCCGGAGGGACAAUCAAUGAGAUCAUACCUUACCUCAUCACGGCAGUAGGCUUCUGGGUGUUUAUCAUCUUUGCUCUGCUCAACUUUCUCAUGUGUGUGCCUAUCUGGUUGUUCUAUAUUGAAACAGCCAAUCGGGACCUCGAAGACAUGGAUCUGCUGUUCUCGAGUGACAGUCCGCUGGCGAGUCGAGCAGAAAAGGAUUUCGCGAGACUGCGUGGAGAAAGUACAAAGGCAAGGCGGGACAUUUCAGCGUGAUGGCUAUACUGGAGUCCGUCCUGUAGAGAUCAAUUGUAUGUAUGCAAUCUUCCUUCGGUG